GAGUUCCCAGAGUUUGGAAUCCCUAAAAGGUUUGAAGCCAGAUACAUUUGUGUCCGUUUUGCUCAAAUAUCUGAAUCGCCUGGAGGUUCUCGCCAUUGACAACGGAUCGAUGUACGUUCUUCAAGAUCUUUUCAAGAAAGCAGCAAGUCGGCAGGACCCAUUUCACGUGUCUCCGCCGUUUCCCUUCUUGCGAGAGGUGUGGUAUCAUCAUCCUUUGGACCCUAGCAUUUUCGAGAUAGACGAUAACUGGAUGGACAUGAGGAACGCAUUGCCUCUGUUCUACCUUCCCGCCGUUAAGAAGGUGACCGCGUACAAUGUUCACCAAAGCAUGCACCCGGAUCCUAUCGCAUUUGAGACACCCUCUGUCCCCCAUGCCACACGUCCUGUCACUGCAAUUGACAUCCGGGGAGCCCAGAACAUCCGUGGAGUUCCCGCCUGGAUUGCGGCAUGCGACAAUCUCGAGAUCUUCAAGCUGUCCUACGGGUUGUAUACCCCUUACAACAUUAAGAAUCUUUCAUCGCUAGCGUAUCAGACAUAUACUCAUUCCCUAAUAUCUCCAAGGCAGUGCGAUAUUAAGCAGCUCCGUGGAUAUCUCUUACCAUGCAGGCAUACGCUGAAAACCCUCUCGUUGACUUAUGAAUCCACGUGGCAGAUUUCCCGGGAUUUCGCCCUUACACGGCGACGCCUGGAAGACUAUCAGACCGAGGAACCCUUUGGGUCCUUCAAGGAGUUUGAGGUGCUCGAAGAGCUUCAUAUACGCCAUUGGAACAUCAUCUCGCAGGUUCACCCCCCGGUGAACCUAGACGACUAUCCCAUACCUUUCUUGGUCGAAGAUGGCUUGGAGAACCCGCCGGCGCCCAGUGACUUCAACUCGGACUCAGACUUGGACUUGGACCCAUCAUCGGACUUCGACGUUGACAGAGCCUUGGCCUCGUGCUCGAUUGAGGAACAGGGUGUUUACGUGGACCCCGAUGUAGAAAAGGACCAGAUCGAAACCCAGGAGAUGUGUGCCGAGGACGAUGACGACCAUUGGACAGCCGAUGAAUUCCUGGGUGAGAUCCUACCCAGUUCGCUCAAGCACCUCUGUAUCCACGAGAUCGUGAACCGCCAAUUCUUCCCUCUUCUCUCGAAUCUGGGCCGCCUGGUGGAUGAGCGAGAUACCUACGUCCCGCAGCUGGAGAAGAUCGGGUUCGAGCUGAGUCCGUGCAAAAUCAAGGACUUGUUCGACCCCGAGAAAAGAUUCACGGCGUUUGUGGAGAAGUGUGGGAGGAAGAAUGUGCGCGUUUCUUUUCAUGGGUUGCCGGCGAGGUGGGAUCAUGCGCAUUUGUUCCCGGAACGUGUUCGCUAGGUAGGGUGGAUGGUGAUGCCUUUUUGGGGGGUUGUUGGCGUAUCUUGGUAGGUCUGGGAGUAUA